GAGUGGAUGAGAGCGGAAGAGCGGGAAAACGGGAAAAAGAGAGUCCGUGUCCAUUCACUUGCCAACUGGUUGGGCGAAUGGCCAUACCACAGUUGCCGGCGGCGAGAGCCGAAGCGCAGUUAUAGUAUCCGAAGUUAUAGUAUCCAUAUUAGUCGUACUUUGUCACUCGAUCGGUCACCGCGUCGUCCACUUGUCGUCCGCUCUCUGCUCCGCUGGGAGGUCGACAGAUCGGCUCGAAAUCGACUGGAUCUGGUGCGGAUGAGGACCAGAAGGAGGCGGCACUUGGGACCGCACUUUGUUGAUCCGCCAAUUACCGAUUGUCCGGCGCUUUCUUCGCACGGCGACGGCCAUGUAAAGGUCACAGGUCAAGAACGGAAAUUAAAGUACCAAAAAAAGAACACGGAGGUCGUUUAGUCCUGAUUUUGCGCAAGUUCCUUGGCACGCAGUCCAGAAUGUGAUCGGAGUGAGGGGCCAAAACGCCGGAAAUGCUGAAGCACGCCUCGACUACAAGCAGUGCCGCUGCGACCGCCACCGCUGCCGUGGCGAUAAACCCGCUCUCCACUUUGCUGGGCGGCCAGCUGCUGCGCACCGCCGCCAACAGCAGCAGCAACAUCAAUUGCAAUGGCAACAGCAACAGCAACUGUAACAGCAACACGAAUAGCAACAGCAGCAGCAACAACCACACUGGAAGCAGUGGCAGUGGCCACAACACACCCCCAGUUGUGGAAGCGGAAGCGGCAAUUGCUACAACUGCCACUGCCACCACCACUGGCAGCAACAGCAAUAGCAAUGGCAACGGCAACAGCAACACCACCACCAACGGUGGCUCACCAACACCCGCAGCAGCUGCUGUGGCCAGCACGGCGCGUAACAUCCACCUGCGACCGCCGCAGCCGCUGAACAUAUCCGCCCUGAAUGCCUCCGCUUCGAGCACGCUGCUCACCGAGAACGCCGGUCGCGUAGGCAACUCCUCCACGCUGCUGAAUAUCGCCACGCCCAGUACGCCUCUGAAGCCGCUGACACCGCUGACGCCGCUCACCCCGCUCAACCAGCUGACCCCCAACGGACACUUUCUGGGCAACGGUAGCGUGCACCACCACACCUACACCAACCAGCACAUCCUGGCCAGCAGCGGUGGCCAUCAGCAGCAGCAGCAGCAACAGCAGCCGCAGCAACAGCAGCAUCAUGGACAAACGCAACAGCUUGCGCAGGCGCAGACGCAGACGCACAACCUCAGCCAUGUGCCGCACAACUACAGGAACUACAGCCACCUGUCCGCUAAUCCGUUGCACCACAAGCUGCCCAAGUCGGGACCCUCGCCCCGCGAGGCACUCACCAGCCUGGGACUGCUAUGUUUGAUUUCUCUGCUCCUGGCGCUGCUCUCGCUUAUCUUCCUGCUGAGGAUCUCGCCGAACGGACGCGAGGAGGCCUUGGGCCGAGGUGCCGGCGAAGACUUCAUCGUGGUCUACGACGUGACCCUGGCUUUGGGCGCACUCUCCCUGGCGCUGAACCUGUGCUGCCUGCUGGUCUGCGCCAUCCAGUUCCUGUUCGCCACGAAGCUGCGCGAGCCGUCCUUCGAGGGACGCGAGAACCAGUACCUGGCCAAGUCCAGUGCCAGUCGCACCUGCGCCGUCAGUGGCUUCUUCAUCUCCAUACCGGUCUUUCUCACCGGCCUGAUCCUGUACACCUUCAGCCACUUCCACUCGACGCCGGCGAUCGUGACCAGCCUGUUGAUCGGCGUGGGCAUAGUCUUCUGCGGCGGCGCCAUGGUGCACAACGUCUUCGUGUGGCAGCGCGAGAAGACCAUCAGCUAUAGAGGUGCUCCGCAGGGACUGGCCCACAACCUGUCGGUGAUAUCGGCCGCCCAACUGCCGAUGCAUCUGCCCGUGCCCGUGCCACUGCCACUGCCACUGUCCAUGGCUCCAGGUUCGCCGUUCCACGGCUACCAGGGCCACCAAGUGCCUGCCCUGGUGCCGCCCUCCGUGACGGCGGUUUCGCCCAACCACUCGCACGGCAGCUUCAAUCCCCUGCUCAGCAGCAACCUGCAACCCGGCUGCUGCGGUGGAGCGGUGGGGGCCAUCAACUCCUCCUUCCUGGUGCGUCCUGCCACGGCCACGCCCCCCACGCCCACGCCCAGGAACCUGGCGAACAGCAGCUGCCUGACGGCCGGUCGCGAGGCCAGCGGAUCGGUCAGCCCCGGCAUCGGCAUCCCGCCCACGCUGGACAUGAGCAACAUGUCCGUUCUGCUGCACGAGCUCUCCACGCUCGUCUAGAUUCCGAGGUAGACCUAGCAUAGACUUACAAAUAGACGAUAUCCACCGCCCGCCCACAUCUUGCCGAAACCUAGCUAUAAGAACGCCUUUUGUAAAUAUAUGUACAUACGAACUAUCGAGCAAAUAACAUUAGUAUAAGUAAAAGUAAUAUACAACUGCAAUGCCAUUUUAAUUUAUUAAACCUACCGGUUGGCGGCAAAAUUUAAUCGUAGUUCUUCUACCCACUUUCUCUUUACGUUUCAUACGAUUUUUGCUCCGCUCAAAAGUUAUCAACAUAAAAUCUCUCGAACAAAAAAAAAUUAUAUUGGAUGGAAUUUCUAAAAGUUAUACAAAUUUGUAUUGGUUCCCAAACCACAGAGUGUUUAAUUA